UGGUUCGGCGAUCUAUUAACCCAGCCUUCCCAGUGAACGCGCUUUCGCCUUCUCCCACUCACAUCUAUCGGCUCUUGAUUGUUCAGCCUGAAGGAGGAGGAGACACGCAAGAUGGCGGAGAAGAUGUCCGGCGGCUCGCAACGAGCGGGGCAGAAGCAAUCGUUUUUGGAAAGUAAACUUAAAUCCUUCAGUAUUGGGAAAAUGAGCACUGCUGCUAAGAGAACACUAAGCAAGAAGGAGCAAGAUGAGCUUAAGAAAAAGGAAGAUGAAAAAGCAGCUGCAGAGAUAUAUGAAGAAUUUCUUGCUGCAUUUGAAGGAGGCGAUGCCAGCAAAGUGAAAACAUUUGUAAGAGGAGGGAUUGUUAAUGCAACAAAAGAGGAGCAUGAAACAGAUGAGAAGCGAGGAAAACUAUAUAAGCCAUCUUCCCGGUUUUCAGAACCCAAAAGCCAGCAGUCUAGCAGUGAGAGGCUCCCCCCACCUCCAGUUAUACUUGGUGAACCCAAAAAAACUCCUAUAAAGGCUAAAGGGGAAAAAGAAAAGAAAAAAAGUAAUUUGGAACUUUUCAAAGAAGAACUGAAGCAAAUCCAGGAGGAGAGGGAUGAACGUCACAAAACUAAAGGUAGAACAAGCAGGUUUGAACCCCCUCAAACUGACACAGACACGCAACGGAGAUUAACGGACACACCAUCUUCAAGAAGAAGCAGAUCUUCUAGUGCCCUUGAUGAUUAUGCUCCUGGGUCACAUGAUGUUGGAGAUCCAAGCACCACUAACAUAUAUCUUGGGAAUAUCAAUCCUCAGAUGAAUGAAGAACUGUUAUGUCAGGAAUUUGGGCGUUUUGGGCCAUUGGCUAGUGUCAAAAUUAUGUGGCCACGGACAGAUGAGGAGAGGGCACGUGAGAGAAAUUGCGGCUUUGUAGCAUUCAUGAACAGAAGGGAUGCUGAAAGAGCUUUAAAAAACUUGAAUGGGAAGAUGGUUAUGAAUUUUGAGAUGAAACUGGGAUGGGGUAAGGCUGUUCCUAUCCCUCCCCAUCCAAUAUAUAUUCCUCCGUCCAUGAUGGAACACACCCUUCCACCCCCUCCUUCUGGUCUUCCGUUUAAUGCCCAACCUAGAGAGAGACUGAAGAACCCCAAUGCUCCUUUGAUGCCACUUCCAAAAAAUAAGGAUGAUUUUGAUAAGACUCUGUCGCAAGCCAUAGUCAAAGUGGUUAUCCCAACAGAAAGGAAUUUACUCGCUUUGAUACAUCGGAUGAUCGAGUUUGUGGUGCGUGAAGGGCCAAUGUUUGAAGCAAUGAUCAUGAACAGAGAAAUAAACAAUCCAAUGUUUAGGUUUCUGUUUGAAAAUCAGGCUCCAGCUCACGUUUAUUACAGAUGGAAACUAUAUACAAUAUUACAGGGUGACUCCCCAACAAAAUGGAAAACAGAAGACUUCAGAAUGUUCAAAAAUGGCUCAUUCUGGAGGCCUCCACCCUUGAAUCCAUACUUACAUGGAAUGGCUGAGGAGCAGGAAGCUGAGCCUUUUGUUGAAGAACCAAUCAAAAAAGGCUCCCUUAAGGAAGAACAAAGGGAUAAACUGGAGGAGCUCUUACGAGGGCUAACUCCAAGAAAGAAUGACAUUGGGGAGGCGAUGGCGUUCUGCUUGAAUCAUGCUGAGGCUGCUGAAGAGAUUGUAGACUGUAUAACAGAGUCUUUGUCUAUCUUAAAAACCCCACUGCCUAAAAAGAUUGCCAGACUUUAUCUUGUGUCAGAUGUUCUAUAUAAUUCUUCUGCUAAAGUUGCCAAUGCUUCAUACUACAGAAAAUACUUUGAAGCAAAGUUAUGCCAAGUCUUUGCUGAUCUCAAUGCUGCAUACAGAGCCAUACAAGGUCAUUUGCAGUCAGAAAAUUUUAAGCAAAGAGUCAUGGCUUGCUUUCGUGCAUGGGAAGACUGGGCAAUCUAUCCCGAGCCUUACUUAAUCAAAUUACAAAACAUUUUCCUAGGACUUGUAAAUAUUGAAGAUAAAGAACCAGAGGAAGUACCAGAUGAUUUGGAUGGUGCUCCAAUUGAGGAAGAGCUGGAUGGAGCACUUAUUGAAGAUGUUGAUGGAAUUCCAAUUGAUGGUGCUCCACUUGAUGACUUAGAUGGUGUUCCCAUAAAGUCUAUAGAAGAUGACUUGGAUGGAGUACCAUUGGACAUUAAUGAUGAUUCUAAGAAGGACGAACCCAUUUUUAAAGUUGCGCCUUCCAAAUGGGAAGCUGUGGAUGAAUCCGAGCUUGAAUCUCAAGCAGUUACAACAUCAAAAUGGGAAUUAUUUGACCAGCAUGAAGAGUCUGAAGAAGAAAAUCUCAACCAAGAGGAAGAGAGCGAAGAUGAAGAUGAUACACAGAGUUCCAAAUCCGAGGAUCAGCAUUAUUACUCAAACCCCAUCAGAGAUGAAAUGUCCGAUUCUAAAUCUAUGAAAUACUCUGAAAUGAGUGAAGAGAAACGUGCCAAACUCAGGGAAAUUGAGCUGAAAGUAAUGAAAUUUCAAGAUGAAAUUGAGUCUGGAAAAAGGCCAAAGAAACCUGGACAGAGUAUUCAAGAACAAGUUGAACACUAUCGGGACAAGCUUCUUCAGAGGGAAAGAGAAAAGGAGCUUGAAAGAGAGAGGGACAAAAAAGAUAAAGACAAGGCUGAGUAUCGGUCAAAAGAAAAGAAGGACAAAGAUGAAUCAACUCCUACCAGAAAAGAGAGGAAAAGACGCCACAGUGGGUCUGUAAGUCCAACACGAAGUAGUAGCAGCAGGCGAGGGAAGUCCCCUUCACCAAAAUCAGAGCGGUCAGAAAGAUCGGAGAGAUCCCAUAAAGACGGUUCUCGAUCUAGGUCUUCUCAUAAAGACUCACCCAGGGAUGUCACUAAAAAGGCCAAAAGGUCACCUUCUGGAUCUAGGACACCGAAACGGUCUCGGCGGUCUAGGUCAAGGUCGCCCAAAAAGUCUGUAAAAAAAUCCAGAUCUCAGUCUAGAUCCCCUCACAGGUCUCACAAGAAGUCAAAGAAAAGCAAACACUGACCAGAGUUCACUUUUUUUUUUUUUUAAUGUGUCUUUAAUUGAAAAUGCAUUUGUCUCUGAUUUAUAUUUUAUGUUUUUGUGCCUGAACUGUUCAACAAGGAGGGUCACUGAAAGGGAGGGGGGUUUUCAAAAUAAAUAAAACAAAAAAAAAAACAAAACCAUCAAAAAGCAUUCCUACAUUUUCUGUGAAUGCAUGUGUAUAUGAAUAUAUAGUAUUUGCAUCUGUAAUAAUUGUUUCAUAGUGUAACAAAGACUUUCUUGCCGUGGCAAUGUAUCACCCUGUUAUAAGAACCAUUUUGUGGCUGUUAACUCACGUGUUUGUGGUCUGCUGGCAGGAGUAUUUUAUUUUUUUGGUUUUUUUUUCCCAUAUCAUGGAAAAAGAAAAACGUUUCAGCUCCAUGUUUUUCUUUUUGUAAAUUUUGCAGUAGAUUUCAAAUAAAAUAUGGAUUUAUUGUUAAGGCUAGAGUACUGUUACCAUGCUGCUCAUUCAAGACAGUUUUGACCAUUUAAAAAUGUUCUACAAUUUGA